AUGGCAGCUGGAGAACCUGGAGGCUGGCCAACCUUUGAGAAGAACCCCCUUGAACUCACUGUUGACGAUGUCUAUGAAAUCUCCUACGAUGUUGGUUGCCAGUUCAGGGAAGUGAACGCCUCGAAUAGUUCAAGGGCGGUUUCUGAGUUGAGUUUCAAGAUACUGAGAGUUUUAGAAAUGUUAGAAGCUCUCGUCAGUAAAGGACCGGUGACUCGAGAGGAACUGAAAUUGGAGCGGGACCACCUGAAGGUCGAAGCAGAGAGACUCGUCAGAGCAAUACAGGACAGAGAGACAGACACUGAGCACGAGACCGGUGGAGUGGCCAAGAGCAUCACAAGUGUAGAGGAUCCGAAUAGCCCACGGUUCACCUUCCAAGAACUGCGCGACGUGCUGGAGGAUCGCAACAACCUUAAAGCUCGGCUUCUGACUACCCAAGCGGCCAUCCAGGGUUAUAAAAGUGGAAUCCCCAUUCAGGAAGAUCAGCACGAGGCGGAAACUGAAGACAGACCACGUCCGUGAGCUGGAAGCAGCUAAGCUACAUCCACAGAGUCAUACAGGACAGAAACAGGCCCUUUGGCCCAUCGUCUGUGCUCUAGCCACCGAGCAUACAUUUACACUAAUGCCAUUGUCCGACACACCAC